AUGCUCAAUAGCCCACGGCUUAAUUUCAUAUAUACUUUUAUGCCAAUUUUCAAUUUGUUCGGUGUUGGGUACUGCCGGAAUAUCUGUCGCCGUCUGCUUUACAAGUCAUUGUUUAAGCUGAAUAAUAGAGUGAACAGUGUUGAUUGUCUAGUUGACACUUGUGGAAGUGGUUUCAGUCUAAAAACGGCAUCCGUUAUUGGUUUAUUAUUUGGAACUUUUCAUUUGUCUUUGAUGCGCUCUUUGGAUGAACAGUAUAAUGCUGAUGUAAUAUGCAAUGGGAGAACCAAUUUGGUGAGAACCUAUCAACACCCCAAACUCGUUAAACAAUUUUCAGAAGUGCCAGAAAAUCACAAAGAGAGUUAUGUAGCACGAGUUUUGAAAAAAACAGUGGAGCGGUCACUGUUAUUGUUGAUAAUGAGUGCUACAGCAAAAGUAAAACUUGCUUUGACCUAUUAUAAUAGUGGUUAUCAUUUAUCAAACGAAGCAGACCACACUACGAGGUGUACUGAUUUUGUUGAUGAGCAAAGAGAAGAGAAGAGAAAUAUUGCCUUAGAUAAUCUGGUAAAAAAUGCCGAUGCACGAAAAGAAUUGAAUAAGAUAAUCAGAAUAGCUAAUAUUGGACGUGGAGAAAAAGAAAUUGAAGAUCAUCCAUUAUUUACUGUUGCGGAAUCGACAGCAUAUUAUUUGAUGAGGCAAAUGGAUUAUGUUGAAGCUUAA